AUGGUAACUGAGGAAGAAGGUGUUGCUUUCACUGAUAGACAGGAAGGAGAUGAAGUAUCUCAAUUCAAUCUUAUCCCAAUUGAAAUCAAAGAAAUGAUCCUAAAGAAAGCAGGAGAAGGCAUUACAAAUUUCUGUGACUUCAAGAAGUUUUGGAGCUUGAGCGGCGUGAACAAAGAAUUCUAUUUGAUCUUCAGCAGCAACUAUGCUCAACGUCACUUCAUCAAAUUCCCCUGUAGAAUCAGAUUAUAUCCCUCCGAUUGGGGAAAGAUAUUGAGUGGCGAUGAUGAUGAUUUAACAUUUUCGGUGGGUAUUUUUCGGCUUAAUCCCACUUCUGGAUGUGAUGAAGAGAAAUACGUGAGACUCACAGAUACUGAUUAUUGGAGAAAUGAAUUUCUAUCUGCAAGCGACAGAAUGUAUUGCCAUGAGAUUCCAAAAUACUUAAGAGAUCACCACUUUCGCGUUGAUUUUGUAACAAUUGAACCUUCGAUAUCAACUAACAACAUAAUAUCUCUUGUCUUAGAGUUAGCAAAGCAAGCAUCUCACAAAAUUGGCGUCUUCGUCUCGGUUAUGCAAAAACAUAUGUAUCCAUUCCUUUUUUAUCUUCCUGAUGCUGAACUUUCUAAUAUGGGUUUGCUCUACAAAUAUUCCUCGAAGAAAGUUAAGGAUGAACUGAAUGAUCUUCAUGAAGCGGGAAAAAUCGAUCUGGUAUUUGAUAUUGAAGUUUUCGGAGUGUAUUUUUGA